AUGGCGAAUUUACAAAGAAGUUCAACAAAUGAAGAAAGUGAAAUGGGAAAGGAUGAACAGCCGCUCGAUUUGAGUUCAAAGCGUGAGCGUGCUUUGCAAAACGCUCAAAAUUCUACUUCACCUGGUUCAAAGUUUCGUGAAACAAAACGGAAACGUAAUGCCAUCGAUUCCUUUAUUCCACUUUCAAAAUUUGCGGAAAAACCAUUUGAAAAAGCCAAAAAUGAUCUCACAGUUGAUACUCAAGCUGAAAAAAUCCCAGUUCCACCAAUUCUCAUAACUGGAACAGUUAGAAGAGCUUAUACUCAAGCAGAUUUGGAUGCAGCAGUCAAGGAUAUCCGUUGUGGACGUCUUGGAACAAGAAGAGCUAGUGUUGUUUAUGGAGUUCCAAGUUGGACAUCAGUGAAAUUCAGAUCAACGCUAAGGAAUAAGAUUUAUAAAUUGGAAGCAUCUGAAGAUAUCGAUGGUGAACGAAGCCAAAAGAGAAGGCGUCAAAUAAAUGAAAAAAAAUUCUGCAGUGCAAAAAGUGCAAAGAAAAGAAAAAAGAAUCAAUCUAAGGAAAAUGCGAAUGUGGAAUCAAAGAUAGAUGGGGAACAUAAAGAUUCAAUAAAGAGUCGUAAUUCUUCGAUUAAUCCUGAAUCGUCGCUAACCGAAGCUCUGCCAACAUCACCAAUUGUAUCUGAAGCUAAAAAAACUUUGUGGUCAUCUUUUCCUCGGCGUCCCUCGAUUUUAGAAAAUGAUGUCAUCGUCGAAGAAUUAUCAAAAAGCCAUAGUCCGGAAGAUAACACAGAGAAUCAAAUGGAAUGGAAACGAACACGAGCAAAAAGAGGACAGUACAGAAAAUAUGAUAAAGAUGCUCUUGAUGAAGCAGUGAAAUCAGUAAAACGAGGAGAAAUGUCUGUUCAUCGAGCUGGUAGUUUUUAUGGUGUGCCACAUUCAACUCUUGAAUACAAGGUUAAGGAAAGAAAUUUAAUGAGAAACAAAAAAAGGACAAUGUCAAUCGAUGACAAUAUGUCCGAAUUUGAUGGCAGUGAGAAUGGUCAAAUAGGUCGAUCGUCUCGCUCAGUUACACCGGUAGCUGCUUCAUCUCCAGCAUCAACCGAGUCUAUAGUUGGUAUGCGACAGCAAACUGCAGCUAUUUCAUCAUGA